GCGGGCAAGACGCGGCCGGCGGCGCAGACGGUCCCGGCCGGAGGUCCGGUCUGACGGCGACAGACGGCCGGCCAGAGCCCGGGGCGCCGCCAUGGGUCCGGGGCCCCCGGCGGCCGGAGCGGGGGCGCCCCCGCGGCCGCUGUCCCUGGUCGCGCGGCUGAGCUACGCCGUGGGCCACUUCCUCAACGACCUGUGCGCGUCCAUGUGGUUCACCUACCUGCUGCUCUACCUGCACUCGGUGCGCGCCUACAGCUCGCGCGGCGCCGGCCUGCUGCUGCUGCUCGGCCAGGUGGCCGACGGGCUGUGCACGCCCCUCGUGGGCUUCGAGGCUGACCGCGCCGCAGGCCGCUGCGCCCGCUUCGGCCCGCGCAAGGCCUGGCACCUGGUCGGCACCAUCUGCGUCCUGCUCUCCUUCCCCUUCAUCUUCAGCCCCUGCCUGGGCUGCAGGGCUGCCACGCCUGAGUGGGCUGCCCUCCUCUACUACGGGCCCUUCAUUGUGAUCUUCCAGUUUGGCUGGGCCGCUACGCAGAUUGCCCACCUCAGCCUCAUCCCGGAGCUCGUCACCAACGACCACGAGAAGGUGGAGCUCACGGCUCUCAGGUACGCCUUCACCGUGGUGGCCAACAUCACCGUCUAUGGCGCUGCUUGGCUUCUGCUCCACCUGCAGGGCUCUACCCACAUGGGGUCUGCUCAGGAUGUCAGUGACCAUCUGGGGGCCCAGGAUGUGCCAGUGUUCCGGAACCUCUCCCUGUUGGUGGUGGGUGUUGGAGCUGUCUUCUCACUACUGUUCCACCUGGGCACCAAGGAGGGGCGCCGGCUGCAGGCGGAGGAGCCAGAUGAACACAGCCCCCUGUUGGCCCCUGCUGCUGCCCGGCCCUUGGUACUCUGGAAACACUGGCUUCAGGAGCCAGCCUUUUAUCAGGUGGGCCUGCUGUACAUGAGCACGAGGCUCAUCGUGAACCUGUCCCAGACGUACAUGGCCAUGUACCUCACCUACUCCCUCAACCUGCCCAAGAGGUUCAUCGCCACCAUCCCGCUGGUGAUGUACCUCAGUGGCUUCUUCUCCUCUUUCCUCAUGAAGCCGGUCAACAAGUGUAUCGGGAGGAACAUGACCUACUUCAUGGGCCUCCUGGUGAUCCUGGCCUUUGCUGCCUGGGUGGCGCUGGCAGAUGUGCUGGGUGUGGCUGUGUAUGUGGCGGCCGUGCUGCUGGGUGCGGGCUGUGCCACCAUCCUUGUCACAUCCCUGUCCAUGACGGCUGACCUCAUUGGCCCCCACACGCAUAGUGGAGCCUUCGUGUACGGCGCCAUGAGCUUCUCGGACAAGGUGGCCAAUGGGCUGGCAGUCAUGGCCAUCCAGAGCUUACACCCUUGCACCUCAGACCUCUGCUGCAGGGCCUGCGUGGACUUCUACCACUGGGUGAUGGUGGCCGUGACGGGUGGCGUGGGUGUGGCCGCCACCCUCGCUCUGUGCAGUCUCCUCAUCUGGCCCAUCCGCCUUCGGCACUGGGACCCUGGAGCCCAGCCCUGACACCGCCUCAUAGUCCCUUGCCCUAUAUUAAUUAACCACAACUGUGACUGUCCUCCUGUUCCUCUGUUCCCAUCCUGCAUCUGUCCUGCCGGCUGCAGGGGGUUGGUGGGUGAGGUCAGGAUGGGUGGGUACCGAGCUAGGCCCUCUGGUACCCAGGGGCUGGUGGGGCCCCCCAGUCCCCACUCUAAUCCCUCCCAGCUGCUUGGAUGGUUUGGGGUGCUCUGUGUUGUGGAGGGACUGGAUGUGAAGGUCCCAGGUCCAGGGGCUGUGCCAGGCUCACCCCUGGGCUGGCUAGGGUCUCCCGGGUGCUGCCAGGCCCUGGAGGACGGUGUUGGCACUGAGCCUGCCAGGAGCCCCAGCCCCGGGGUUGGGGGACUGGGCCCAGACCCCAGCCGUGGCGGCAGCGGGGAUCAGCGUGCAGGGCUUAGGCCACCACCAACAGUGAAUAAAGAGCUGCCCCUGGCGAGGACUGUGGCCUCGGCUGUUAGCCUGGGCCGGGCUUGGGGAGCCGAUGCCGGGAGAGGGCAGCUGGCGUCUGCCUGCCUCUGCCCUGGGGCUUGGCCCCCAGGGUCCUGGUUGGUAGUUGCCUUUAUCCCUGCAGAGCCGCUUUGGGCAGCAAGAUCUUUAUCAGCGAGUGGGCGCGUAGACGGGCGGAGGCCGGUUGGUGGAGGGGCAGUAGGGUUCCAGGUCCCACUGCCGGUAGUUCUGGGUGGUGAAGCACGGGCGCUGGGGCGCUGACAGGUGCGGCACAUAGUCAGACGCCCGCCACGGUGGCUCCACCCCAAAUCGGUGCCUGUUGAUCACUGUGGGGCCAGGACCUGGGUCACUGCCUGGCCCCAGCACAGGAGGCCUUCUUCCUGCCCCAUCCCCUGGGUCUCAGGACCCAAGCCCCAGCCUCACCGUACUCCUUGCCCCAGAUGGGUCUGUCUUUCCACAGCAUGCUCCCCCACCGUGUGCUGGGGUCCCGGUACUGGGCGGGGAUGAUGGGGUCAUACCAGGCGGUCUCCCGGAGACGCUGGGUGUAGGCUGCAGGGUGAGCGGGGAGGUCAUCUCUGCAUCUCUAGCCCUCACCCUCCCCUCAAGGCUGGCCUGAGGUCGGGCAGACAGGGCCGGGCACUCACCCGAGGGCAUGCUCCGCUCCCGGUGGCCAUAGCAUCCAUGCCAGCGGGCAUAAGCCUCACGGUACGGGCUGUCCAGAGCCCGCGGGAGCGUGUACCAGGCUUCUCGGGAGUCCGAGUUGGUUAGGCUGGUGUACCACAGGCGGCCAGCCGCAUCGCGUCCCAUGGGCGUGUACUUCCAGCGCGCCGCCUGCUGGAUGGCCGGUGUCCAGCGGGGCCCCUCCUGGGACAGGUAGUCAUCGCUAAGGGCCGGGGUGAGGGAGGAGACAGGCUGAGCUGGCGAUCCCCCGCCACCACCACCCGGGGCCUCUUCAUCCUCUUUGCUGCAUGUUGCCAGCAUGGAGGGUGCAGUCCUGGCCCAUGGUGCCGGGCCCUCCUCCAUCCCCACGGGGCCACGUCUGUCGUUCAGUACCAGACUCCCCCACUCCAGGCUGGUGGAGGUUGACCCCUCGUGGCCCUCUCCUCUCUGCCACAUCCUCCUCAAUCCCCAGGAUCUUCCUAACCUUCCACCUUUUCAGCUUUCCUUGAAUCUACGAAGUCCUGCCCAGCCUCCCAGACCUGUAGGCCCUUUCAUCCAGGAAGCCCCCUGGCCUGGGAGGUGUCCCAGGAGGAAGUGGUCUCAGCUAUAUGGCUGAGUGAGGGGCCCAGGUCUCACUGUCCCUGGUCUGGCCUGGGAGCCAUGGGUUGGGUAUACAGGGAUGGUGUGCGGGUGCCCAGGCUCCAGGAAGACCUUCGGGGAACCCUUGUGCCAUCACCAUCCACCCAGUCUCUGCAGCCAGCUGAGAGUGAAAACAAGCUCACGUUUAGAGGAGGAACUAUGCAGCUACACGAGUGCCUGCUACAGGGGGCCUGUGGUCCUAGAGCCUCUCCUAGACUGAGAGCAUCAGGACGGCCUUCCUGAGGAAAUGGCAGUGAUGUGAGGCAGGAGUGGCAUGUGCAAAGGCCCUGGGGUGGGAGGAGGCAGGGAAUGGUUUGUGGAACAGAGGCUAGCAGUGCAGAAUGUGUAGUGGAAAUACGCUAAUGAUGGCAAAAACCAAACCUUAGUAAGGUGCCAUUAAAACUGAAAAGAUCCUUCUGGACCUGAAAGACAAAGACGGGCAUGUCCUUUGGCCUGGUGAGCUCGCUCCUGGGAAUCCCCUCCGGGAAUGGGGCGCGGAUGCUCCCAGCAAGGACUGUUGACAAACGCUCUCCCCUGUGCUGGCUUAAGAGUUCUCACUCCCCAUGGAAAACCAGAACCCAAGACUCGUAAAAGGUGGGACCAUCCCAGUCGGCUGUGGGACAUCAGUCUUGGGAAUCUGCCGCAGACUGUGUUUGCCACGCGCAGGGCAGGAGCUUCAGGACCAGCAGGCAGGGCCUUCUGAGCUAAAAAUGAACUUAAACUACAGAAUGUGCUGCACAUGAUUUGUAAAAAGGAAUUAAAACAGUCUAAAAUAACAA